AUGUACAUUGCCAUUGAAACUCGCCCAGACAUUGCUCAUGCAGUGGUCAUGCUGAGCCAGUUCAACAGCUACAACGGCAAAACUCACUGGCAAUGCGCGAAGAUGAUUUUAAGGUACCUCCAGGGUACUAUAAACCGAAAGUUAAUCUACACGAAGGAAGAUGAGGGAAUCCUCGGACAUGCUGACGCAGACUGGGGAAGCUGCACCUACGAUAGAAAGUUUUAUUCCGGAUGCGUUUUCUCGUUAUCCGGAGCAGCAAUCUCUUGGACCUCACGCAAACAGCGAAUUGUGGCCUUAUCCUCUACAGAGGCCGAAUAUGGAAGCCUCUACGAGGCUGUUCGAGAAGCUAUUCAUUUUUCGAGCUUUGUCAAAGAACUUCGACUUGACACGCUGUCCCAGAUCACCAUCUUCAACGAUAAUCGAUCUGCUGGAAAAUUGGACGAGAAUCCUGUCUUUCACGCUCGUACCAAACAUAUGGACAUCAAGCAUCAUUUCAUUCGUCAAGCGAUUCAGGCUUAUCCACUCAUCAUCAAGUUUCUGCCUACCGAAGAAAUGACAGCAGAUAUUUUAACCAAGCCUUUAUCGGGGAUAAAGUUCGACAAUUGUGUUAGUGGUUUGGGACUCAAAGACUGUUAA